GCGUGCUCGUUUCAGCAUCAUGCCCCGAGCAAUGCCUCGGACCGUAAGAGCGGAUACUCCGUCAUCUGUCUGACAAGAUUUUCUCACUUCUGGCGCGCAUAAUUUUGUCCUCCAUCCUCAUCACCUUACUCUCCUCUCUUCAUUAGGAUGACCAGGCUCAGUCCCGGCUCUAGGAACCUUGAACGUCCACGGUCCCCAGAUGAACCCAUAAUUUCCCCUCUUGCGCAAAGAGAAGAAUCGUGUUGUAGUUUAUCCUAUCGUUCCACUUUUGUGGCAGUGUCUCGUUGCUUCUCGUCGGCAUUGAGGCAGUUUCCUGCUCACAGAGUUCUGGUCCCGUUCUGCACAAUCCGAAAACAACGAGGCCUGCAUGUGGAGUCCCUCACUUCACGUUUACUAUCUGUUUAUUAUUCUUUCCUGCGCCUGUCCAUCCUCGUUAUAAUGUUCUUGACUCUGGGCAUGACGGCCGAUGCUGCCGCUGCUCACCGCCAUGAAUUUUCUUCGCCUCUUGACCCCUCCUCCCCGUCCUCACCCCCCAGUGCUUUUCGAUCCUCACCCUCUCAGCCAGCUGCAUUGCGGCCACCCUUACCUAAACUUUCUCCUUCUCCUUCACCGGCUCCAAUUUCAUCUCUGAGAUCUUCACCGGUGCCGCAUCCCAUCCGACGAGGGGCCUCUCCGGUCUGUGUCAGUGCGGCGGACGCGUCUCCGGCCAUGACGCCAGAAAGCGAGACCGACAUUCGCAGCGUCGACAGCGUAUCCCAUAAACAACGUCUCCAUAUUCGACCGAGAGUAUUGUUGCAACUUCAGCGCAUCUCUGCAACAUCUCGACCCGUACCUUUCUACGAUGUGCUUCCUUCCACGGUCUUUGCCCCGCGCUUGGCUCGCAAUUUCCCUCGCGUAUUCAAGGGCAAAGACGGUUUAGGCGCCAACGACAUUGUCAUCGUGGGCAGCGAAGAGUACGACAAUGACCCGGUGCACAGCAAGGAUGAGCAUUUGGAUGCCGCUGCUUGGGAGGAUCGAAGAGUCGUUGCUGCAAUCUGCCAGUUGCACGGUGAAGGUGCCAGAGGGAAAGCAGAAGUCUGUUUGAAUCACGGGCCGCGAUGGGAGGCGAUUCCUUUGGCCAACGGGAGCUACGAGUUCAUCUCCGUCGACGACCACGGCCUCAGAACGGUAGCACGAUGGGUGCCGCGCAGCCAGUCAAUUAGUCGGCGAAAUACUUUCCAGUCCUCACCAUCGCCCGUUGCUCCGGAUCAGGGGAAAAGAUUUAUUUUUAGUAUCCUUAAUCCCCACACUCGCCGACAUCCAGUCAUUGCUUCGAUGACCAGCAAUUCUAUUGACAUAAUGGACCAAUACUCGACUCCGAAUUCCUCGACCGUCGCCUCUCCUGUAUCGCCCAUCCGUCCUGCCUCAGUCCUCUCAAACGAAUCCUCCUUUUUUGACAUUCCCUUGGCUCAGGAGCGCCCGUCCUUCAAAACGGAUGAAUCGCUGCGAGCUUUGAUCCUGGUUACAGGCAUCUGGGUCGCUUUCCGAGAAAACUGGUCACAAAGCUUCAAAUAUGAAGAUCGCCCUCUUUGUACUUCCGCCACAUCCCCCUCCCAGCCUCCGCAGCCUCAGCCGCGCAAUCGUCCCAUGUCUGUGGCUGCCCCUGGUGACUGGAAGCGCGAAGGCAUCCCACCGGCCGCAUCGGUUCAUCGCAGCGGCUCUCAUCAUGGCCUUACCGGCAAACUCUUCCGACAUGGCCCGCCGCUUCUGCGCCACGGCUCAACCGCAUCGAUGCAAAGCAUCUGUCAUGAAUUGAAACACGACGCCCCUCGCUCCUGUUCUUCCCAGACGCGCCGCACAAACUCAACUGGAGAAGCAUUCAUGGAACGCGCGUCGAACCGCAGCCAAUCUCUCACCCAGAGCUCGACACGCAAAAUUCCAAGAGCUAGCAUCUCGCGGCAAGGCAGCGAAGGUCUCUUUCCAACUAGGGCUGAGACAGCUGAUUCCUUUGACUCAAAUGGCAACCAGACACGUUCUGGACGACCUGGAAUUGGUAGUCAACGCUCAUCCAAAUCUCUCCCUCGCGUGCAGACCACUGGUUAUGUUUCCUUUGACGAUUCUAAGGAUCGUGGUACGGAUUCUGCCAAAGCUCAUGGAAGCGAUAAUUCCGCGAGCGGCAACUUCUCUGGCAGUAUGGACAGCAGUGGAUUGAGGAGCAUGUAUACAUCUUCUACAAUGUCAAAUUCCGUGCCAGAUGCAAAGGAAGUCACAAAGGACGAAAAGCGCAGAUGGUCAAGGUUCAAAGGCUUCGUCAGCCUUGUUCGGCGUGGCAGCCAUCACGAAUAGGAAUGACGAAACGGAAAUGGCGAACAUUUGAGUUUAAUUAUUUUUAUUAUUUUUGCAUUCCCCCGAUUGCGCUAGCAUUACCAAGCUUGAGAUUUUUCCAACAAUUAUAGGGCAAGCCUGCAUCACAACUCCCUGCUCAUUCGUACUGGUCCAUCAAAUCUGGUCGUCUUUGAUGAGCCUACUUUUAACAAAUCUUCUUAGAAAUCAAAGAAUAUGAAUU